AGAGGAACGUUCACAACCACUCCAAGCAGUUGCUGUAACCAGCCCUGCUCAUCUCUUGGUACAGUAAACGGUCAUAAAGAACCAAAUCGUAAGUGGCAGCAGCACUUGUCGAGAUAGAGGCCACAGUAUAUAUUCAGUGUUAAUUUCAAAAAAUUGGACCUGCUAGUCACAGCAUUCCGCAGUCACAUUAUCUGCUCCAUAUGGAAGUGAGCCACCCCGUGAUUAGGCAAAUCUGGCUGAGGAUGACCAUCUCAAGGCUAUAUCUCAUUAGGUCUCUUGAUGACGACGGUAGAUUGCCUCUCUACAAAAAUUGGCUUGUAGCCGCAACUGGCAUAUUCACAGACGACCAGUGCAUGCUGGAUCUCAUCUGUACUCGAAUCAAGUGAAUCUUGGUGCACACCAUAUUACUAUUCAGCCCGAAAAUGCCUCUUUGGAUCCAGCUAUUGGGCUUAGGAUCAUCCUUCAAGUAGCAGUAGAACACAGCACUGCGAAAU